GUACGAAGAAACAAAAAUUCAUCUUCAGUGCCAUAGGAAACAUUGCCAUGAGUGGGCGACGGAGCCCAAUUAAAUUGUGAAUUUUUUUAAAAAUUAAAAUGAAAGUAAAAUGAAUUGGGGAGUUGUUGUGCUACUUUUUGUUGUGACUUCCGCUGCAUGGGGGCAACAGAUGCGGAAGGAUCCUAAAAUUCUCUUUGUUAUCCUUGUUCGCAAUAAAGCCCACACAUUGCCGCUCUUCCUCACGUAUCUCACACAGUUGGAGUACCCCAAGGAUAGGGUGUCACUCUGGAUCCGUUCGGAUCACAAUGUAGAUGCCUCAUUGGAGAUUGUGGAGGAGUGGCUGAAGGAUGCGAGAUCCUGGUACCAUUCCAUUCACUACAGUUCCAAUGUGAGUGAAGCAAUGCGUCCGGAGGAGGUUUCUCCCACACACUGGCCACUGGAACGCUUCCGGGAUGUGAUAGCAAUGAAGGAGGAGGCACUGAGAGUUGGCAGGGAAAUCUGGGCAGACUAUGUCUUUUUCCUCGAUGCUGAUACCUUCCUCACGAAUCCUCUGACACUGAAGAAGUUGGUUAAUUUGGGUCUUCCAAUUGUGGCACCAAUGCUAAUCUCUGAUGGUCUUUACUCCAACUACUGGUGCGGCAUGACGGAGGAGUACUACUACGAGCGCACCGAGGAGUACAAGAAGAUCCUCAAUAGGGAGAUUAUUGGUGUCUUCAGCGUCCCCAUGGUUCACAGUGCGGUUCUCAUUGAUCUCAAUCAUCCGGAUAGUGAUCUCCUGACCUUUGACAAGGAUCUCCUGAACUUCCAUUUGGAAUCACUUAAUUCCCCGCAUAGGUACAAUGGUCCCGUGGAUGACAUCAUCAUUUUCGCCAUGUCAGCAAAGUAUUCCGGAAUCCCCAUGAGGAUCUCCAAUGAGGUGUCAUUUGGAUACAUUAUGGUACCCCUGGAGCACGAUGAAGACAUCGUGAGGGACGUGGAUCAAUUGCAGAACGUUCGGGUGAUGAUCUGGAAUGAUUUGGAGGUGCUGGAUGUGCUGCCGAAUCUACAAAAAUACAUCACAUUCCCGGAAAAGGAUCGUCUCACUCUCUCGCGUAUCUUCAUGGUGAAUCUCAAACGUCGUCCGGAGAGGAGGCUCAAGAUGGAGGGGAAUUUCCGGGAGUUGGGACUCGAUGUGGAGUACUUCGAAGCAAUUGAUGGUCGUAGCAUUGAUGAUGAUUUCCUCAAUGAGUGGGCAAUCAACUUCCUCCCCGGGUAUGCUGAUCCCUACCACAAGCGUCAAAUGACAAUGGGAGAGGUGGGAUGCUUCCUCAGUCAUCUAACUAUCUGGCAACGAAUUGUCAAGGAGAAUUUGCAGGAAGUUCUCAUUCUGGAGGAUGACAUUCGCUUUGAACCCUUCUUCCGUGAGAGGCUCCUUAAUCUCCUUCAGGAAGCACGUCAACUCAGCACCUGGGAUCUCAUAUACAUCGGACGGAAGCGUCUAAAUGAAUCAGCGGAACCCUGGGUUGAGGGAUCUCAGUACCUUGUCUACCCAUCCUAUUCCUACUGGACUCUGGGCUACCUCAUCUCCAACCAAGGGGCUAAGAAGCUCAUAAAGGCGGGACCACUGGAGAAACUUCUGCCUGUGGAUGAAUUUCUCCCCAUAAUGUUCGAUAAGCAUCCCAAUGAGGUGUGGAAAAGUGCCUUCAACCCGCGGAAUCUCAUUGCCAUGAGUGCUGCUCCACUCCUACUCUAUCCCACCCACUACACCGGUGAAGAGGGCUACAUUUCCGACACAGAGGACUCCCAUCAGAUCCCCCUGACAUCCGCAGAGGUUUCCCACGAUGUGCAACGGAAGAGUGAUAAAGCCGAUCAAGCACUGGAACUGCAUACGGUGGGAGAACCCCUCCUUGAAAAUGCCAUAAAUGAUCGCAAAACGAUCAGGGAGGAUCGCAGCGAUCUCUAAAGUUAUUUUUUAUAUUAGGAAUAUUAUCUUUACUUUGUUCAAAUCAACCUGGCACAUAAGCCCCGCCUUUCGAUAGAACGUAAUGUAGUUUAAAUCAAAGAUGUUUAAAUGAAGAAGAAGAAGAAUAAUUAAGCUCUAAUUGGCUAAUAAAUUCGUCCCAUAGUUUU